AUGACUACGGGAACACUAACCGUUGCGUUUCUGGGCAUUGGUGUCGCUGUGGUUUCCAUCGUCACUUUACUGAAAGCCGCCAAUGUUCCCGGAGCGGUGAAAGCUGGAACCGUAGCCGGGGCCGCAGGAGCCACGGGGAUAGCGGCGGGAGCAGUAGCGGUGAAGGCGGGGAUCGUCACCGUUGGAGUGGCUGGUUCAGGACAUCAGAGAACGGCGUCGGGGAUCUUUAGCGGCUGGCGAUUCGUUUUGGACUGUCCUCCUCGAGCCAGUGUUUCGCUGUCAGAGAGAAAGAUUGUGCUUCUUGGGAAAACAGGAGACGGCAAAAGCAGCGCUGGGAAUACAAUUCUUGGAAAAAAUGUGUUCAGCACUAAAGCUUCAGCUAAUUCUGUAACAGAUAAAUGUGUAAGUGCAGCUGGGAUGCUCGAUGGAAGAAAGAUCACAGUGAUUGACACACCUGGAUUCUUUGACACAGAUCGUGAUGAAGAGGAGAUCAAAUCUGAGAUUGUGAAAGCUCUGACUCACUGCGCUCCAGGCAUCAAUGCUUUUGUCAUGGUCCUAAAGGUCGGAAGAUACACAAGACAAGAAAACGAGGUGGUACAGAAAAUCCUGAACACCUUCAAAGAUGAACACCUCUUAAAACACACAGUGAUCUUAUUCACUUUUGGUGAUCAACUAGAAGACCAAACCAUUGAAGAGUUUGUGAAGGCCAGUUCACAACUACAGGAGCUGGUUGAUAAAUGUGGAGGUCGCUGUCACGUCGUCGACAACAAAUACUGGAACAACUGUCAUUCAGGGUACACGAGCAACAGGGUUCAGGUGAAAAAUCUGCUGGAGACCAUCGACAAGAUGGUGGAAGAGAACGGCUGCUACAGCAAUGAGCUUCUUCAGAUGUUGGAGAAAGAAAUUCAAGAGGAAAUGAAAAAUAAUAAGAACUUGCCUCCAGAAGAGCAACGAGAAAAAGCAAAGAAAAUUGUUCAUAAAAAAUUUCUUAAGCAGCUUGUAGGAGCAUCAACAGCAGUGGUGAUCGGUGCUCUUCUGGGAGCAUGUGUUGCAGUAGCUUUUGUUUAUACUUUAUUAAAACCAUUGAAAAGAUGUAUUGCUAAAAGAGGUGCAGUAGUAGUGACAGAAAAUGUAGCGGAAUCAAGUGAGGAAUUUAAACUUGUGGCUUCAAGAAGAGUAGGAGUAGUAGCAAAAGCAGGAGUAGCUGUUAUUGGAGUCGCAGCUGUUGUAGGAGCUGCUGGAGGAGGAAUCACUGGAUGGAAAGCAGCAGAAGAAGCUGAUUCAGUGUAUGACGCCAUGAUCAAGGCAGCACAGCUUAACUACGAGAAUGCAACAGCUCUGGUUGAGAAAGCAGUAGAAGUAGUUCAGCUUGGGUCUAAGAAAAAAAUAAAAUAAAUGGAUAUUGACUAGCAUUUUCAUUUAGAGUAAUGCAUGAUCUCCAGCUUUAAGUUUUGGGAAUGUGUAAAUAACAAAAAAAAAAAAAUGCUUUUCAGAUUCAUUUAAACAUCAUUUGAGUAUUUGCUAGUGUGUUAAUUAAAUUGUGUUGCAGUCACACGUGUUUGAUUCUCUGUUCAGUUUCCUGUACAUGCGUAUAGAUGUGACCUGGGUUUCAUUACCGCAAAUCUUACCUAGAAAUGUAUCUUUUCUUCCUUGAGUUAUCAGUGACAAAAGAUAAUAAUCUAUUAAUAUAUGUGUGACUGAGUGUGUUUGAUUAUUGCACAGCCAGUGUACACGAUAACGGAGAUUAAAAAAAUAAUAAUAAUGGGGUAAAACAAUAUGCCUUUAAAAUGAUACUCUACAACAGUGCACAAUGUUU